AUGGCGGCCUCGGGCCUGACGAUUGUGAUCAAACUGGGGACGAGUUCAAUUGUCGACGAGAAAACACACGAGCCGAUCCUCUCAAUCCUGACAUUGAUUGUCGAGACGGUAGCGAAAUUGCGGAAAGAAGGCCAUCGGGUGGUGCUGGUCUCAUCAGGCGCCGUUGGCGUUGGCUUGCGAAGGAUGAAUGUGGACGAUCGACCGACCUACCUACCCCGAAUACAGGCACUUGCUGCCGUUGGCCAGUGUCGGCUAAUGAGUCUUUGGGACAAUCUGUUCUCACAUCUUCGAGUUCCAGUGGCUCAGAUACUUUUGACGAGAAAUGACAUUGCAGAUAGAAGCCAAUACAUCAAUGCCCAAAACACCUUUGAGCAAUUGUUUGACAUGGGCGUGAUUCCGAUUGUGAACGAAAACGAUACCCUUGCUGUUUCUGAAAUCAAAUUUGGCGACAACGAUACCCUUUCAGCGAUUGCUGCGGCUACCGUCAAGGCCGACUAUCUAUUCUUGAUGACCGAUGUCGACUGCCUCUAUACGGCCAAUCCGCGGACCAAUCCAGAUGCCGAGCCCAUUGAGGUCGUGUCUGACAUUUCAAUGUUGGAGGCUGAUGUCUCUUCAGCCGGCUCAGCCCUUGGAACCGGCGGCAUGAGCACAAAGAUCGUGGCCGCGAAGCUCGGGACGAGUGCCGGCGUGACGACCAUCAUCACCAAGAGCUCCAAGCCUGGAAACGUUCACGAUAUCGUGAAGUAUCUUCAACGGCUCCAGGAAGCCCCCGAAUCAAACGGCAACCAGACACUGGAUAUCCCGCGUCCCCCCCUUCACACCCGAUUCCUCCCCUCGGAUACCCCGAUUCAAUCCGUAACGUUCUGGCUACUCCACGGGCUUACCCCCCACGGCACUCUAUAUAUUGACUACGGCGCGUACGACGCGCUCGUCAACCACCAGGCCAGCCUCCUCCCCGCCGGAGUAGUUGGAGUUGAAGGACAUUUCGCGCAACAAGAAGCCGUUCGGCUAGUAGUUGUGGAGAAGCACCCCGAAGCCCUAAAUGGAGACUUCAUCCACCACGGGCAGGAACCCCGAGAAGUGGGGCGUGCGCUUGUGAACUACAGCGCCACGGAGAUCGCGCUCAUCAAGGGACACCGGAGCACACAGAUCGGGUCCAUACUCGGCUGGUCAGACAGCGAAUAUGUCGCAUUGCGAGAGAACAUCUCCUUCCACCCCGAAGAAAGCCACCCAGCGACCCCGUCCCUUACCCCCGCGCUGGAGGAAUGGAAAUCGCCCCAGUCACCGCCACGUUCAUAA